CCCGAAAGACUUGCCCGAAAGACUUGCCCGAAAGACUUGCCCGAAAGACUUGCCCGAAAGACUUGCUGGUUCCGAGGACCGGCCCGGUUCCCCCUCGGACCGCGAUGCCAGUCCUACUCAACGCCGACGUGUCUUUCAGCUCCAAGCAGGAGUUGCUGGACCUGCAGGACUGUCCCCUCAAUGGGGGGCCGUCCCCGGACACCCCCAGUCCAGUGGACUCCCAGACCAGCAGCCCAGUCGGCCCCGCGCGGCCCCCCAUCUACACCGGGGCGUCCACGCUCUACAGGCUGGGGUCUCAGUCCGGUCCGGAGACCCCCCCUCUGGGGCUGAAGCUCCGGUCCCCCGACCCGGACCAGCUCUGCGGGUGGGGGGCCCUGACGCCCCGGAUCCUGCAGGUCUUCAACACGCCCCGCUGGGUGCUGGUCUUCCUGUGCGCGGCGUCCUUCCUGCAGGGCAUGAUCAUCAACGGCCUGGUCAACACGGUGGUGACGUCCAUCGAGCGGCGCUUCGACCUGCGCAGCUACCAGGCCGGCCUGAUCGCCAGCGCCUACGACAUCGCCGCCUGCGUGUGCCUGGCCUUCGUCAGCUACUUCGGGGGGACGGGCCACAAGCCCCGCUGGCUGGGCGGGGGCGUCCUGGUCAUGGCCCUGGGCUCCCUGGUCUUCGCCCUGCCCCACUUCACCACGCCGCCCUACCUGGUGGACCUGCCGGCGCAGACCGGGCUGUGCCCCGCCAACCGCACCGGCGACCAGUGCCGGGACGGGGACGCCGCCACCAGCGCCGGGGGCGGGCUGUCCGGCUACCGCUUCGUCUUCAUGCUGGGCCAGUUCCUGCACGGCAUGGGGGCCACGCCGCUUUACACGCUGGGGGUCACCUACCUGGACGAGAACGUCAGCUCCGCCUACGGGCCCGUCUACAUCGGGAUCUUCUACACGGCGGCCAUCGUGGGUCCGGCGGCCGGGUACCUGCUGGGCGGAUACUUCCUCAACAUCUACACCGAGAUCCACCUGACGACCGAGAUGACCCCGGAGAACCCCCACUGGGUCGGCGCCUGGUGGGUCGGGUUCCUGGCCGGAGGAGCGGCGGCCCUGCUGGUGGCGUUCCCCGUCCUCGGUUACCCCCGGCAACUCCCAGGGUCCCAGGAGCGGGUGGCCAUGCGGGUCUCGGAGGCCCACCAGCUGAAGGACGGGAGCCACACCACCGCCGCCGACCCGCAGUUCGGAAAGUCGGUCAAGGACAUGCCAAGGUCGGUGCUGCUGCUCCUCAAGAACCCCACCUUCCUGUUCCUGUGCCUGGCCGGCGCCACCGAGGCCACGCUCAUCGCCGGCAUGUCCACCUUCGGGCCCAAGUUCCUGGAGUCGCAGUUCAGCCUCAGCGCGUCGGAGGCCGCCACCUGGUUCGGGUACAUGGUGGUGCCAGCAGGGGGCGGCGGCACCUUCCUGGGCGGCUACAUCGUGAAGCGGCUGAACCUGCGCUGCCGCGGCAUCAUCCGCUUCUGCAUGAUGUGCGCCGUGGUCAGCCUGCUGGCCAUCUUCAUCUUCCUCAUCCACUGCCCCAACGUGCCCAUGGCCGGCGUCACCGCGCCUUACCGGGCCGGCCCGGUGGAGGGACGUCAGCCGGACCACCUGUACGACCGACCGAGCCAGGCGCCGCCCACAAACAGCUCGUCGGUGGACGACCGGCUGACGGCCGGCUGUAACGCGGCCUGCGAGUGCGUCAGAGAGCAGUACAACCCGGUGUGCGGAGCCGACGGCGUCAUGUACUACUCGCCCUGCCACGCUGGCUGCACCUCCGUCAACCACACCCACCCGUCCACGGGCCGCCAGGUGUACUCCGGCUGCAAGUGCAUUCUGGGUAACGGGUCCCGGGGCGAGGGCCUGGCCCUGACGGGGAAGUGCAGCAGCUCCUGCCACCACAUGCCGGCCUUCCUGUCGCUGCUGUUCGUCGUCAUCUCCUUCACCUUCCUGUGCAGCAUCCCGGCGCUGACCGCCACGCUCAGGUGUGUCCCGGACAGCCAGAAAUCCUUCGCUCUCGGCAUCCAGUGGAUCGUGGUCCGGACCCUCGGUGGGAUCCCGGGGCCCAUCGCCUUCGGCUCGGUGAUCGACAUCUCCUGCCUGCUGUGGCAGGACCAGUGUGGAGACCAGGGAUCCUGCUACCUGUACCACAACCACGCCAUGAGCCAGUACACGCUGGUGGCCGGGAUCAUCUACAAGGUGAUGGGGACCAUCUUCUUCCUGGUGGCCAGCGUUCUGUACCAGCCCCCCCCGGAGUCGCCCCAGAGCAGCUGCGACAGCACGGACCAGGACCUGGGACCCGUCAAAGACCUGGACCGGGUCAGAGACCUGGACCGGGUCAGAGACCUGGACCCGGUCCAGGACCUGCCGGUCAAAGACCUGCCCGGGGACGGAGGCGUCAUCGUCAACCUGCACGCCCGCUUAUGACGUCAGAGACCGGAACCACGUUGUAGUCUAGAUCUUAGUGGAAAAGAAGCCCCAGAAUGCCUUUCUGCUGACACACACACACACACACACACACACACACACACACACACACACACACACACACACACACACACACACACACACACAC